CGUCGCCGGUGGAAGAUCGAAUCGCUACCGCUUCCCGGUCCCGCGUCGUCUCGCCCAUCCUGGGCGGAUUCCGCGUACAAAAAGAAUGGGAGUGUCGAAUCUAACAAAUCAUGCAAUCGUUUGUGUAUCAAUUUAACCGACGAUCGCGACGCGUUCGUCGAUAUUUGCGAUCAUCGUUCGCGUUUCGAUCGGACCGAUGUCCAGUGAUCCGCCGUUCGAAAGGAUAUUAUGUAUCUCGCGUCGUUCGACGAGCAUCGCGAGCGUUAUCCGGAUCAGCGAGCAUCCGGAUUAGCGAAAAGCAUAAAACAAAUCGAAAGGGAUUGAUCGAGAAGCAUAAAACGAAUCGAAAGGGAUAGAUCAAUCGAUCCCGGUUCGUCUAUAAUAUUCGCGUGACGUCAGCGCAUCCGCCAUGAUUGAUGACGUCUUCUCGAAAUUUCAACGUCGGUCCAAAUUCCAUUGCGCGCCAAAAGUGCUGAGUUUACAGUACGAUCGUUUUCAAUUAUCCUACUAGAUCGCGCUAGUAAACGCGUAUGUAUGAUCGACAUCGACCGCGUCCCGUCAUAGAAAUAUGAUUGUGUUGCGCCCUUCGAAGGUAUUUUAUGAAUAUACACGUAACGGAUUGUCUUGAGUAUGAUCGAGUGUCGAAUGAUUUAUCGGGCGAUCAUGUGUCAAUUAAUCGGUUCGAUCGCGAUUACACGCGUUUAUUGAUACUCGAUAUUGUUCUGCAGUCGUCGGAAUAUUGAUAUGAAUGACGUAUUAUUCAGCGUAUUUAGCGUUAUUCGCGAAUGUUAUGGAGGAACAUGAUAAAACAGUGUGAGUGUUUAGUGUACAAAGAAUCGCGAUAACUAUCGAAACUAUCAAGUAUCAGGGAACAUCGACAGGUAUCAAAGGCUCGUCGUAAUGGAUUAAUUAAGAGGGAUGACUCCUAUUGAAAGAGUCUCUGCUGUGAUUUACACAGACGGAUUUCGUCCAGACGGAAAAACAGUGGAACGAACGGUGCUCGAACUAUCGCAUAUAUUGACGAAAGAGUAUCGGCCUGUGCGUCUUUUCGAAGGAAAGUCUGGGGUUCCCCUUCGUCUUCUUUGGACGAGAAGGCGCGUUUGCGAGAAAGAAAUGUCCGUGACACCCGACAGAACGUACGAUGGCAACACGCGUUCGGUUUCUUUUUUAAAACCGCGACUGUUUUUUCUCGCCGGAUUCGUUUGGCUUUUAAUAACUCCCACGCGCAAAGACGGCCACAUCCGUGGACGCCACGGUUGGUACGUGACGCUGGUGUGUAACCACCGCUGCUGCACCAGUCAAUGACCCUGCAAGCUUUAAUACUGAACGAACGCGGUCGGUUACCGUACUUACCACCGCGAGUUCGCUCUUCCUCUCGCGCGCGUGCAAUUUCUCGCAAAAAUUCUUCUAGCAUCACUGUAUCGUACAUUCGAAAUGCAUCUCUUUUUCGGAAAGAAGAAAUAAUUCUAUAUAGAAACUGACAAACUUUCGCAAUAGCCGUCGAGGCAGCUAUAUAAAAAGCAAUAUAAAAAAUAUAUUCUGAAACUAUAGAGCAACUUUUAUACAUAAGAAAAGAGCUCGAUAUAAAUGUGGCAUAUUAUAUAUAUAUAGGAUAAAAUUUAUGUACCAUUUUAUGUAUAUUAAAAAUAAAUUAACGAUAUAAUAAUUAUAUUUUUUUUGUGCAAAAAAUUGCAUUUGCACUAGAUAUACAAAUUUUAGAUAGAUUCUUAUAGAAUUGAUCAAGGAAAAUGUUUAAUAUUU